CCAAAACACAAAAACCACAAAAGUAGAAAGCAGAAAUUCUAGACCCUUCCUUUGUUUUUCUUCCAAAAUCACCAAGAUCUUCGCAACAUCAACGGCCCUAAAACCUUUCUUCUCACCUUACCUUUUAAUCUUCACCGUCAAAAAACCUAUAAAGAAAAAACUCAAAAUUCUUAGGCAGAAAACCCACCUCUCAAAAUUCCCUCAUAUAUAAAUUUGUAAAUUGACAAGAACAAUUCUACAAAUUUCUGCACUUACCCAAUUUACAAGUCGUCAUCUUGUGAAGAACCCAUAACUCAAAUCUUAAGAUGUUUGGAAGAGCACCGAAGAAAAGUGAUAGUACCAGAUACUAUGAGAUCUUGGGUGUACCAAAAGAUGCAUCUCCUGAAGAUUUGAAGAGGGCUUAUAAAAAAGCCGCCAUUAAAAAUCACCCUGAUAAGGGUGGUGAUCCUGAGAAGUUUAAAGAGUUGGCUCAUGCAUAUGAGGUCCUGAGUGAUCCUGAAAAGCGUGAGAUCUAUGACCAAUAUGGUGAGGAUGCACUCAAGGAAGGAAUGGGUGGAGGUGGCGGCAUGCACGAUCCAUUUGACAUCUUCUCCUCAUUUUUUGGAGGGAGCCCAUUUGGUGGUGGUGGUAGCAGUAGAGGAAGAAGGCAAAGGAGGGGGGAGGAUGUAAUUCAUCCUCUGAAGGUAUCACUAGAAGAUCUUUUCAUGGGUACAUCAAAGAAGCUUUCACUCUCUCGUAAUGUUCUGUGCUCAAAAUGUAGUGGAAAAGGAUCGAAAUCUGGAGCUUCAACAAAGUGUUCUGGAUGUCAAGGUACGGGUAUGAAGGUGUCAAUUAGACAGCUUGGCCCGGGUAUGAUCCAGCAGAUGCAGCACCCUUGUAAUGAAUGUAAGGGUACUGGAGAGACGAUUAAUGACAAGGAUCGGUGCGCUCAGUGCAAAGGUGAGAAGGUGGUGCAAGAGAAGAAAGUCCUAGAAGUUAAUGUGGAGAAGGGUAUGCUACAUGGACAGAAGAUUACUUUUCCUGGGGAGGCUGAUGAAGCGCCUGAUACGGUUACCGGAGAUAUCGUCUUUGUUCUGCAGCAGAAAGAGCAUCCUAAGUUUAAGAGAAAGGGUGAAGAUCUCUUUUAUGAGCAUACCUUGAGCCUCACUGAAUCUCUUUGUGGCUUUAGAUUUGUGUUGACUCACCUUGAUGGAAGGCAACUUCUUAUCAAAUCAAACCCUGGAGAAGUUAUUAAGCCUGAUCAAUUCAAGGCAAUCGAUGAUGAGGGUAUGCCAAUCUACCAAAGGCCUUUCAUGAAGGGCAAGAUGUACAUCCACUUCACUGUGGAGUUCCCUGAUUCUCUGAACCCUGAUCAGGUUAAAGCAUUGGAAGCUAUCCUACCACCAAAGCCAACAAUGACACUCACAGACAUGGAGUUGGAUGAGUGUGAAGAGACCACAAUGCACGAUGUCAACAUGGAAGAAGAGAUGAGAAGGAAGCAAACCCAGGCACAGCAGGAGGCAUAUGAUGAAGAUGAUGAGCCACAGGGUGGUCAAAGGGUCCAAUGUGCUCAGCAGUGAUUUUGAGAACUUAAUGUUUGUACCUUAUCGCUCUAUCUAUCGUCCUCGUAUGUGUGCGAGUUUCUUGAUUUUCUUGGGUGGAGCCAUAGUUGUUGCAUAGAAGUUGAGAAUAUGUACUCAAAACUUGUUAGAAACUAAUGCUAAUUUUUCACAUUGCUGAAA